AUGGAGCGCUUCUUGGGCUUUGUCAGGCAGAUAAGAAGGUCGAGAAGAAGAAAAGGCAAAAAGUACCGGCCAGAAGAGGAUUACCAUGAGGGCUAUGAGGAUGUCUACUAUUAUGCCUCAGAGCAUUUUCGAAAUGAGAGUCCUUACACAAAGUCUGCAAACCAGGCAAGGGCACCUGAUGGAGCACUGUCUGUGAGGAGACAGAGUAUUCCAGAGGAAUUCAAGGGCUCAACAAUAGUUGAAUUAAUGAAAAAAGAAGGCACCACCCUAGGGCUUACAGUAUCGGGUGGAAUCGACAAGGAUGGGAAACCAAGAGUAUCUAACCUUCGUCAAGGAGGAAUUGCUGCUAGGAGUGACCAGCUGGAUGUAGGGGACUACAUCAAAUCUGUGAAUGGAAUCAACCUGACCAAAUUUCGCCAUGAUGAGAUCAUCAGCCUGCUCAAGAAUGUUGGCGAGCGGGUUGUUUUGGAAGUGGAGUAUGAGCUGCCUCCAGUCUCUGUACAAGGAUCAGGUCUCAUUUUUAGAACUGUGGAAGUUACUUUACAUAAAGAGGGGAACACUUUUGGAUUUGUAAUAAGAGGUGGAGCACAUGAUGACAGAAAUAAAUCUCGUCCAGUUGUAAUAACAUGUGUUAGACCUGGAGGGCCUGCUGACAGAGAGGGCACAAUCAAACCUGGGGACAGGCUGCUGAGUGUUGAUGGGAUCCGACUGCUUGGAACAACACACACUGAAGCCAUGAGUAUUCUCAAACAAUGUGGACAGGAGGCAACUUUGCUGGUUGAAUAUGAUGUCUCAGUGAUGGAUUCAGUAGCAACGGCAUCUGGGCCACUACUAGUUGAAGUUGCCAAAACUCCCGGCACUGCUCUUGGGGUUGCACUAACUACCUCGAUGUGCUGCAACAAACAGGUCAUUGUCAUAGACAAAAUCAAAUCUGCGAGUAUUGCAGACAGAUGUGGUGCAUUACAUGUAGGAGACCAUAUUCUAUCCAUUGAUGGCACCAGCAUGGAGUACUGCACACUGGCAGAAGCAACGCAGUUUUUGGCUAAUGCAGCGGAUAAUGUCAAACUUGAGAUCCUUCCUCACCACCAGACAAGACUAGCACUGAAAGGCCCAGAGCACGCAGCUUUGGUGUCUUCAUCCUUCUCUCCUACCUCCAUGAGUGCAUACAGCCUGAGUUCCCUGAACAUGGGGACCUUACCUCGCAGCCUCUACUCCACCAGCCCACGUGGGACAAUGAUGAGGCGGAAGAUGAAAAAGAAGGACUUCAAAAGCUCCUUGUCUUUAGCCUCUAGCACUGUUGGCUUGGCCGGGCAGGUCGUCCACACAGAAACAACAGAAGUAGUGCUGACAGCUGACCCUGUAGUAGGGUUUGGGAUACAGCUCCAGGGUAGCGUGUUUGCGACUGAGACCUUAUCUUCUCCACCUCUCAUUUCCUAUAUUGAGUCUGACAGCCCGGCAGAAAGGUGUGGAGUGCUGCAAAUAGGAGACAGAAUAGUGGCAAUAAACGGCAUCCCGACGGAAGACAGCACAUUUGAUGAGGCCAAUCAACUGCUCAGAGACUCCUCUGUCACCAAUAAGGUCACUUUGGAAAUAGAAUUUGAUGUUGCAGAAUCAGUUAUACCAAGCAGUGGAACAUUUCAUGUAAAACUACCAAAGAAACAUAAUGUGGAACUUGGCAUCACCAUAAGUUCUCCAUCCAGUAGAAAACCAGGGGACCCUCUGGUUAUUUCUGAUAUCAAGAAAGGAAGUGUUGCUCACAGAACUGGAACACUCGAACUAGGUGAUAAGUUGCUCGCAAUAGAUAACAUUCGACUUGACAAUUGCUCAAUGGAAGAUGCUGUCCAGAUCCUUCAGCACUGUGAGGACCUUGUAAAGUUAAAGAUCCGCAAAGAUGAAGACAAUUCUGAUGAACAGGAGAGCUCUGGAGCAAUUAUUUAUACCGUUGAGCUGAAGCGUUAUGGUGGGCCUCUUGGAAUUACAAUCUCUGGUACUGAAGAGCCCUUUGAUCCCAUAAUCAUUUCCAGCCUUACAAAAGGAGGAUUAGCUGAAAGGACUGGGGCAAUUCACAUAGGAGACAGAAUCUUAGCAAUAAAUAGUAGCAGUCUGAAAGGAAAACCAUUGAGUGAAGCCAUUCAUUUAUUACAGAUGGCAGGAGAAACUGUCACCUUGAAAAUCAAGAAGCAGACAGAUGCUACCAGUCCCAAGAAAUUUUCUGUCCCCGUGGGUCACAUGACUGAAUUGAGUGAUGCUGAAGAUGAAACCUCUGCAGCACAGAAAUCUGGCAAACUCUCAGACAUCUAUUCUGCUACAGUCCCAAGUGUUGACAGUGCAGUGGAGUCGUGGGAUGGCUCUGGUAUUGAUACCAGCUUUGGGAAUCAAGGACACAGCUAUCAAGCUUCAGGAUACACCUUCAAUGCCUAUGAAUGGAGGAGCCCUAAACAGACUAGUCUGUCCCCUCCAAGCCAACCACGAAACCACCCAUUUCAUGAUACAGGGCUGAGUGAUGAUGAAUGGGACAGACCUACAGCAAGCAGCACAGCUUCCAAGAAUAUGUGGCAACAGAAAGAUCCUGAGACAUUGGGAGAGAAUCAAGAAAACCAUUUAAAGCAAACUUCCACAGAAAGAUCAGGUGCAGAGAGCGUCAGGAGCAUGAAGAAAGAGGGCAAACUGUGGAAAGGUGCCUCUGGUGGGCAAAGGAAAGGUGGGGGACAGCUGGAAGACUGGAAUACUUCCAGCUUCGCAGGUACCCAUGAUAACACCGAGGCUGACCAGGAGGAAAAUUUCUGGUCUCAGGCUCUGGAGGAUUUAGAGACCUGUGGCCAGUCAGGAAUUCUGAGGGAACUAGAGGACAAGGCUGACAGGCGUCUGUGUUUGAGAAACAUGACUCUCUUGGCCACAAUUAUGUCAGGAAGUACAAUGAGUUUGAAUCAUGAAAAUCCACAACCUCGUAGCCAGCUGGGAAGACAAGCCAGCUUCCAGGAAAGAAGUACUGUAAGGCCACAUUACAGUCAAGCUACUCGUAGCAACACGUUGCCGUCAGAUGUGGGGAGAAAGUCCAUGGCCCUGAGAAAAAUUAAGCAAGAAAUGAAAGAAAUCAUGUCACCAACUCCUGUGGAGUUACACAAGGUAACUUUGUACAAGGACUCUGAUGGAGAAGACUUUGGAUUUAGUGUCUCAGAUGGUUUAUUAGAAAAAGGCGUGUAUGUUAAAAACAUUCGGCCAGCUGGCCCUGGCGAUCUGGGAGGUCUGAAACCAUACGACAGACUCUUACAGGUAAACCACGUUCGCACCAGAGACUUUGACUGCUGCCUAGUUGUGCCCCUCAUCGCAGAGUCUGGAAAUAAGCUGGAACUGGUGAUCAGCAGAAACCCACUGGCAUCUCAGAAAGGCAGCUCAGAGCAACAGACUUCCAUGAGUGGGGAGUGGAGUGAUCAGCAUGACACCUUCCUUCAACAGAGCGGACAUGCCAGUGUGAACACAGAGACAAGGGAUCCUACCAAUACAUUAUAGCAGAAAGUCACUUCAGGGGGACAUUCAGUAACAGAAGACAAUUAUGGUGCUAAAUCCCUUUAAGAGGUCUCCAAGAUCAAGGCUCAGAUGCCGUAUAGCACUAGAAAGCACAGGAGGUCAGCCUGUCUGUUUCAAGGUUUAAAUUAAUUCAUGCUUACUUUUGGAAAAGUUUAAUUCUUCGUUAAGUAAUUCCAUUCUAAACACACUAUCAUUAGCAACAGUAUGAAAAAUUGUGAGGGCCUUUCCUCCCCCCCACAGAUAAAAAGCUGGGGAGAUUUUUAAAACAUGAUUUAAAUGUUCUUCUCCAUCAGCAGCUGCUGUUUGUGGGAAAAGCACAGAGUUAACUGCUGCUAACAGUGGUGUCCAGGUGACAUUUUUUUAAAAAAAAACAUUUGAUGGGGCAGAGCAGGACACUGCAGCAGCUGUCUUGUCAGGUGGUUUGAUCUGUCAUGUCAAGGGACCUUUACCCUGCUGGCAGGAAGGGUGCGCUCUCCAGACACAGCACCGUUUCCAUCUUUUUAACAAAAUGCUUGUAGGAAGCUGCGUUGUU